CACAGACACAGCAAGGGCGCAACUCCCUCACCACCGCUCCCGGCCGGUUGCUCCUCCGCUCACCAAAAUGCAGAUGGAUUUUGCUUGAUUCUUGAUUUGUGUUUUUAAUAGAAAUAUGGUAACUCCAAGUUUUGUGUGGAAUGUGUGUAAAUCGUCGUUGACAUUUGGGUUAAUAGGUCUCACCAUAUCAGACCGUGUUGCUAGUAUUGUCCCUGUAAGGGGAUUCUCUAUGUCACCCACAUUCAAUCCUGACAAGACCACUUCUUUGGGAUUGUUUACUGAUGAUCAUGUCUUGGUGGAGAAACGUUGCCUCAUGGAUUACAGGUUCUCACAUGGUGAUGUUGUAGUUUUCUGCUCACCAAGUAGUUACAAGGAGAAACACAUGAUAAAACGUAUAACUGGCAUGCCAGGUGACUGGAUCAGUCUUCCAUAUUCGUAUGAUGCUGUCAAGGUUCCAGAAGGCCAUUGUUGGGUUGAAGGAGACAAUCCCACCGACAGCCUGGACUCCAGAUCAUUUGGCCCCAUUCCACUGGGGUGGAUUUGCCUUCUAAGCUCCGUAUUCAUCAUACUUAAAGAAGGUGAUAUUUCCAAUUAUGAAAUUGAUUCAUUCACAGAAGCCUUCCUUACUACUUACAAAUGUCAUACUCAUAUCAAGGUGUUCUUCGUUAAUGUGACUGAAACUUAA